AUGUCUGCUCCGAAAUCUGACCCAAUACCAGCCCUUAUCCUUGCAUCUUCUCGUUCCCGCCCCAAUCAAUCGUCAUGUUCGUCGUUGCUGCCUCAUGCUAACUCCUCCGACAGAGUGAGCUCCUCCAAGUCAGGUACGCCCCCAAUGCCAUCCACGAACCUCACCAGAUCUUACUUGUUCAGGGCAACCCGUGAGACCGGCACAGGCUCACGUCGCGGUCUCCCCUCCCGGUCCAACAGGACGCGGGGAAGUGCUACUGUGACCAGCACCCUCUCUCCGCUCAAGGUUUCGUCGCCGACAACUUCCCACCUGCUGCCGCGGGUGCCCGAUGCGACGGGAUCGACAGCAACAAAAUUCAGCGGGCCACAGCUGACUUUAACCGACAUUCUCGUUCGACCGAAGCGUCCGUUGCCGACAACUUCUCACCUGCCGCCACGGGUGCCAGAUGCAACGCGACCGACGGCAACAGGGUUCAGCAAGCCACAGCUGGACCUUACCGACAUCUUUCUCCCACCAAAGGUUCCGUUGCCGACAACUUCUCACCUGCCGCCACGGGUGCCAGAUGCAACGCGACCCACGGUAACGGAGUUCAGCAAGUCACAGCUGGAUCUUACCGCCAUCUUUCUCCCGCCAAAGGUUCCGUCGCCGGCAACUUCCCACCGGCCACCACAGGUGCAAGAUGCGACGGUUCCAGAAGCAACCCGGUCCUGCAGGCCACGGCAGGACCUCCCGGCUCAGCUAUCGCCUAUGGCAGCUCUCAGAGCGUUGCACAUGGAGGUACCGGAGUUCGAGAACACGGAAGCCAUCAAGGCUUUCUGUGAUGAUUUCGAGGCCAGGGCCAAUGCGGUGCGGAAAGCGGAUCCGGCGGCGUUCAGAGCGCCGUCUGUCUCAGCCUCUUCGUCAACCCACAUGUCCGACAUCCUGUGCGGACGGUUCCUUGAGUCGAAACCCGCGGCAGCACAGCCUAAGGCGCUUGCAUCGUCUUACCGCAAAGCUGCCGCGAUUUACGACCAAAGCUUCACCACCACCACCAGCACCACCACCAGCACCACCACUUCCCCCGACACCAGGUCCCUUGAGUCGACAAUUGCGAAAGCGAAGCGUAUGAUGCUCACAGCAUCAUACGACACAGCUGCCUCAAUCCCCGACCGGACUACCACCAAGGACUUGUCAACGCUGGCGGCGCUCAGAGCGCUUCCCACCGAGACACCCAAGGAUUACUCAAUGACGCCCAUUCAACGGGCCAUGCAUGACACCGUCAUGUACGAGGUGCGGAGGAUCGGAGACGAGCGGAGGAAGGCUCAGGAGUGCGAAGAGAGACAAAGGAGAUGGAUAGCUGGCGAGAGCUUACCCGUAGCCUUUUGGAGAGCGCCGCCGUAUGUGCACCGUGAUCCGGAGAUGGUCAAGAGGGCAGCAAUCUGGAAAGCAGAGGAUGAAGCAGCGGACCGCCAGAACGAUCUGGAUGCCUGGACGAAGCCGGUCGAGGAGCUGUGGCAGCGAUCGCCAGAACCACAGCCUACCGUCAAGAUGCCCACCCGACCGCCUGGACGUGACGAGGGCAGGUCCGCCUUCCGCAUCGACGCCCCCGUAUUUCGCAGUGAGCCAGCACCUGUGGCUCCGGCACCACCGGCUGCCGAUCCAAGUGAUCAUGCCACUCUGAUUGAUCACGACGAGUGGGAGCGUCGUCUGCAGGUUGUACGAUCUCGCCGUCAAGAGCAACACGUACAGCAAUCCGAGUCCGAGCCCGAGUCGACAGAGACCAGCACCGGCAUCCUUUCGAAGAUCGCCGCAUGGGCCAGCAGGGGGUGGGAUUGGUUGAGGGAGCGGAUCUGGUGUUGAAGGAGGGAUCUGCUAAAGGUAAGUCCCCUUGGCGGUGCGCUAACAUUACUCAGGUAGGUGGAUGCUGUGUCUCUGGAUGCCGACGGUUCAACCCCGCUGUGCCUCUGCUC